AUGGCUAGCUUUCACCACUCUGAUGCUUGGGAUCGACUAUUAGAGCAGAAGCCAGAACUUCCCUUCUUCCUUCUAGGAGGAAAUGGCGUUACUGGCAACACAGAACCUCAGGAACUAGCCAAGGACAGACCUUGGCCCUCGUGUGGCGACUUUGAGGCUUUUCACUGUCUACGGCCUACUAGUAACCUGGACUUGUAUAUAUUUACCCAGCAUUUGACUAUAGGAGGUAACCUAGGGGAAGCUGAUCCGAGAAUAAAGGCUGCUGUUCUGGUGCCCGGAUUGACCCACGGAGAGGGAUGUGGAUUCAUCAAUAUCUUCACCUGGAAUGAAGGAGAAUGUACCAUAGAACCUUUCCCUGAUGGAACCACUGACACUCCUCCAUCAUCGAGUUUCGAGCCAGGGUCUUCAGAAGGCCCCAGUGUUCAGCGAACAGUGAUAUUCCUGGAGCAACACACAAUUGUUGGGCAAAACGUUUUCAUACUGGGAGGCUCUGAAGACAUGACAGCCUGUACUGGUGGCAGCAGUGAUGCAGAAAGUGACCCAUGCUCCAUGGCUAUAACAACACGCUCAUUGGGCCUCUCGCAGCAUUAUUCUGGAUACAAUGACUGGCGAGUUAAUGAUAACUUUUUAGAUUGGCAUGGAGCAGAGGAUAAACAGGGUCUCCACCUGGGCCAACCACCAUAUGGCUCUCCGUCUGUGUGGACUUCAAAUGUUAACACCAGUCCUGGUUACCAGUCACUCAACACGUUUGGGGAGGCCUACUGGAUGCUAGAUUUUGAUCUUGACUGUUCACUCACAAAUGGUGGGUGGUUUGUUAUCAAAGGUUGGCUAAGUGGUGAAGCGGGGGAGUUUUCUGGCCUGGAGGAGGAUGUGACUCAGCAGGUCUGUUCAGGUUCAGCUGGUGGCCCUCCACCCUUCCCCUCCUCUGGUCAUAUGGCUAAGUGUGGGCACAUCAAUAUCUUUCAUUAUGACCGUGGAGACUGCACUAUCAACAAAUUUCCUUAGUACUUAGGCUUCAAGUUUUCUUUGCAAAAUCCAUACGUGCAAAGCUGGCAAAGAUGAACACAUCAUGUUAUUACAUAACGUAAUUGUAAUUAUGUAUUUGGUAUUUCUCUUAAAAUUCAUUACAGACGUAGUUGUUGGUAUUUCUGCAGAACAUUUCACUGUAUUUUUCAUUAAACAAGGUCCUGAUA